ACUCCCUUAACCUUUUAGGUAAUUUAAAAAGAAAUCGAAGUGAUUUGAAAAGCAUACUAACCGAGAAAAAGAACUUAGAAAUUAACCGGUAAUAAUGAUAAAAUUCUAUUGAUUUCAACUUCAUUCAACACUUAAUUUCUUUCUGAAAUCAAGAUUAUAAGUUCAUCUGCAGUCAAACGCGUUUCUCUUUUAAGCAGCUUUUGCAAGUUUCUCUGCGUGUUUUUGCAUUAUUGUUGACCCCAAUGUCUUCUUCUUCAUCAUCACAACCCCAAUGGAUCUACGACGUCUUCAUCAACUUCAGGGGAGGAGACACUCGCAGAGACUUCGUCUCGCAUCUCUACUGCGCCCUCUCCAACGCCGGCGUCAACACUUUCUUCGACGACGAGAAUCUGCUCAAGGGAACGCCGCUGGAGGAGCUAACGCGAGCGAUCGAAGCCUCUCAGAUUGCGAUCGUCGUUUUCUCCGAAACCUACACCGAAUCCACUUGGUGUCUAACCGAGCUUCAGAAAAUAAUCGAUUGCAACGAAUCCUACGGCCAAAUCGUUGUGCCCAUAUUCCACGGCGUCGAACCGUCCAUUCUACGCAAUCCCAAAGGUCGCUUUCGUGAGGCUUUGGAAGCUGCUGCGAAGAAAAAGUUUUCCGAAGAGCAUAGGGAGUAUGGGUUGUCGAGAUGGAAAAACGUGCUCAAGAAAGCU